CAGGAUCGAUUCAGAGCUUUUAUAUCACACUCUGAUUUCUGGAAAUUUGUGCAUUCUUCCAGUUCAAUCGUAAUUUGCAUUGAGCCAAACGGUGCUGUAAUGGAACAAAAAAAGAAGCCAGAUUGGGGAGAGGUUUUUUCUAAACAGCGUGGUAAAAUAAACGAUGAAAUCAAGACAUUUUUAGGCCUUGUAUUGCGAUUUUGUGUGGAGUUGGAAGAUGACUUUCAUUUUACACAGGACCAAAUUAAACAAACAAUUAGUGACAACUUUUCCUCUUUGACAAAAUCGUUGAGGCAAAUACAUGGUUUUUAUGGAUAUCCCGGCGUUGGAAUUCAAACGGCAUCAUCCAUUGGCAUUGAUAUGGAUGCAUUUAAAUCUAUUGUUUUGGAAGUUGAAGUAGAAAACCGUAACAAUCCAGAAAUGAAAUUUAGUCAUUACUUUAAGAUCACUGAAGAAUUCAAUUCUAAUACAGAAAUGCCAGAUCUAGUUAGAGAGCCUGCUCAUAUAUUUUUAGAGAUGGUGCGACGUAUGUUUCGUUAUAAUAAUAACAAUAAUGAAAAUGAUAGAAAUUCUUCCGUAAUUGGUCGCACAUUCUUGAAGAGCCUGCCUGACGGGAAGUAUUUGAAGCCCGUAGCGUGGGCACAACACAAAACCACCAAGAGUAUUUUGGCGUCUCUUUGGGUAUCGAUCCUUUUUUCCGACCGUUAUAUCUUUACAUAAAGCUGAGUGAAUUGCGGAGUGAUGCCAACGAUAAUGGUGUGCAACUUGAAGACGUGGAAGCGUUUAAAUGUGUGGACAGAACAAAAGAAUAUGACCCAGAGAAAGCGUCUCCAUAUGACAAAGGAAUGGAUCCCUGCAAAAGUUGCCAGAUUUUCUUUUCAGGUAAAUCGGAAGAUAAAAACGACCAGCGCACUACUUAUUUUGGAAAUUGCGCAGAAUACGGUGUUAUUCGAACUAAGAAAUUACAGAAAUUGUUAAAUUCUCGCGCCGAAGUAUGGAAUGAGUUCGAAUCGUCGUGCCAGAACCUGAUUCGAGCAUUUAAGGAUAUGCUUGAAAAUUUAAGGAGGCCGAAUGCGCUUGAAGGAGCAAAUAUACUAGAAAGGUAUAAAGAGAGUGCAGUCGAUGCACAGCUAAAAACGUUAAAAUUCAAAUGGAACAAAAAACUCUCUAAGUACGAACUUAUCGCAAAACAAAGAUAAAGUCGUUAAAACCAAAAUAAUUUUUUUCUUUC